AUGCCUUCUAGGAAGCUUGAGAACAGUCCCUCUGAUGAUGGUCAGAAGGUCAUCGCCCUCUGUCAUCUCAUCAUGAGCUGUGAAAACUUUCAGGCCAACAUGAGCGCACUGUGCGGUCCCUUGGGUAUCGCGCAGGCAAAGAACGUCCCUCGCAAGAUCAACUCCAUCAUCACCCCAUUCGGUUUUGAGUUCAAGAGCGGCAAGGUCACCAAGAAGGACGAUGACGGUGCUCCUCCCUCCACGCCCGUCAAAGCUGAAGAAGGCGCUAUGGCUUCCCCUGCUUCUACUACCGGCAAGAAGAAGCGCGCCAAUGGUGUAGCUAAGACACCUGUGAGCAAGAAGCGCAAGGCCGACAACGAGGACGAAGAAGUUGGCAUCAAGGAAGAGGGUGACGAGGCUGACGAGGUCGAUGAUGCUGGCGACAUUUGA